CAUCACUAGACAGGCAUCAGUGACAGUGACAGCUGAUGUCUCCGGUUUCGCUCUCGGCCAGCCAAGGGCGCAAAUUAUUUUGAAAAUCUUGGCCUUCAAUGUUUCCAGUUCGAUGUUUUUCUGUGAGACAAGGAGUGAACCUAUCUAGAAAUCGUACCAAUAUGUACUCAUCUUUUCGCCGUGGAGUGAACUUUCUGUUUAAGAAAAAUCUGUUGAUCACAAAUAGUAUCAGUUCUGGCGGUUUCAUGGCGAUUGGUGACUUGGUUCAGCAGGAGUUUGAAUUCCAAUCAAAAGUAUUAUUAAAAAGAUAUGAUUGGGCGCGGUUAGGUCGAAUGUUUAUUGUUGGAACUCUGAUGGGUCCGAUGCAUCAUUAUUACUACUUAUACCUUGAUAAGGUUUUACCCAAAGUAGAUUUGAAGACAGUCUUUCAAAAAAUUAUGUGUGACCAACUUUUUGCCUCACCAGCAACCAUACUUUGUUUCUUCUAUGGCAUGGGUUUCUUAGAAUCAAAGUCAUUUUCUCAAAGUACUAGUGAAAUAACUCAGAAAUUUAGAUAUGUCUACACUGGUGACUGUCUAUACUGGCCUCCAGUGCAGUUUGUUAACUUCUACUAUCUACCAACAGAGUAUAGAGUAUUUUACAUUAAUGGGGCAACAAUGAUUUUUAACAUCUUUUUAUCUUACAUGAAACAUUAUGAUCAACACUGAUAAGAAAAUACUUUAUAGGUAGCACAAAUUAUAAUAUUCCUUAUUAGUGAAUGAUAGAAUGAGUGGAUGGACUUUGUUUAACCUUCAUGUUACAUUGCACUUAACCUCUGAUAAUAUUAGGUCACUCUACGAAAGUUGAGGUGAACACAAUACUCAAACUGAUGUAAUAUUUGAAUACAGAACACAAAUUCAUUUUCAAACAUCAAAUACACUAGCUACCACACUUGUUGAUGGCCUUAACUCUUGUUGCAUGACCAAUACAAUAUUAGACUUUCAUAACAACAUUAUUUAUUGCAAGAUGAUAAUGAAUGCAUUACUGGACACCCCUUUUGCCAUUGUGAAUUCAAGGUCUUUGAAUUACUUUAAAUAACUUUGAUAGGUGCCUGUU